AUGGCCAUAUAUGAUACCACAGAUAAAGGCAACUACGUGAAACUGGCCUCCAUCUCCGUGUUUGCCAAGGAAGUAUCAGUCGAGCCAUCCAAGAACCACGUUAUCAAUGUUACAGGGAACAUCUCAAACUAUGACGGGGUCUUGAAUGUCAUGUUCUUGAGAGAUGUAGAUUGCUUGUACGGGGCGUUUCAGUGUGAACUAGAUUUCGUUCACAUCAACGGCCAACCGGAUGUGAUCAGAGAAAAUUUGGCACCAGUCACCGAAGAAAACGCCGACAUCUUGAGCAGCCUGGCCAAAAUUUCGACACAGCUGAAGGAUACGAACAAACAGCUGGAGGGGCUGAAGAAUGACACUGGGGUUCUGAAGCAAGACAAUGAGGUUACAAAGCAAGACAUUGAGGUUCUCAAGCAAGACAAUGAGGUUCUAAAACAAGACAAUGAUGGUCUGAAGCAAGACAAUGAGGUUCUGAAGGCAAUGUUGGCUAGUGUCUUAGUGGAACUGUCCAGUAUCAAGGAAUUGCUGAACUCUACACGUGACAACGAACAGCAUCACGAAAGCUUGUGUUACCGAGGUAUGCCUCACAAAAGUACCAGAGAAAAGUUUCUUCUGUCAGGGAACAUCCAGGCGCUGUGUGACACUGAGACUGAUGAUGGAGGUUGGGUAGUCAUUCAGAGACGUGUGCGAGGAGAUGUAGACUUCUAUAGAGGCUGGGAUGAUUACAAGAGAGGGUUUGGAACCCCAGACACCGACUUCUGGAUUGGAAAUGACAUUAUUCACGACCUCACCUCACAGGGCUACAACGAACUCCGUAUUGACUUUAUUCAUAAUGAGACGGAAUAUUUUGCUCAGUACACGAACUUUACUCUCGCGGAUGAGUCAUCUAAAUACCUCAUCACGAUUGGUGGAUAUUCCGGAAACGUCUUUGACAGCAUGAGCUAUCAUAAUGGCUACAAUUUCAGCACAUUUGAUCGGGAUAAUGACCCAAACACAGAAAACUGCGCCGAGCUGGUCCACGGGGCUUGGUGGUACCAUGGAUGUUAUUACGCAAAUUUGAACGGGGCUUGGGGAGUCGCAGAUGGCAACGGUAUUGCUUGGCAUUUUGCAGAUAAUUCUACCAAUAACUGGAUCUUUCCGUCUUUUACAGAGAUGAAGGUCAGGUACAUUUAG